CCGCUGCAGCGGCGAGUGCGGAAGCAGGAGGAGAAGGCGGCGGCAGUAGCAGCAGAAGGAGCUGCGGACACCAACACCAUGCGUGAGAUUGUGCACAUCCAGGCCGGCCAGUGCGGCAACCAGAUCGGCGCCAAGUUCUGGGAGGUGAUCAGCGAUGAACACGGCAUCGACCCCACCGGCAGCUACCAUGGGGACAGCGACCUGCAGCUAGAAAGGAUCAACGUCUACUACAAUGAAGCCACCGGUAACAAGUAUGUCCCCCGUGCCAUCCUGGUUGACUUGGAGCCUGGCACAAUGGACUCUGUGCGUUCUGGACCCUUUGGACAGAUCUUCCGUCCUGACAACUUUGUCUUUGGUCAGAGUGGGGCUGGCAACAACUGGGCCAAGGGGCACUACACGGAAGGUGCCGAGCUGGUGGACUCUGUCCUGGAUGUGGUGAGGAAGGAGUCGGAGAGCUGUGACUGCCUCCAGGGCUUCCAGCUGACCCACUCGCUGGGUGGCGGCACCGGCUCUGGGAUGGGCACCCUUCUGAUCAGCAAGAUCCGUGAGGAGUACCCCGACCGCAUCAUGAACACCUUCAGCGUCAUGCCCUCCCCCAAGGUGUCGGACACGGUGGUGGAGCCCUACAAUGCCACCCUCUCUGUGCACCAGCUGGUGGAGAACACGGAUGAGACCUACUGCAUCGACAACGAGGCCCUGUAUGACAUUUGCUUCCGCACCCUGAAGCUGACCACUCCCACCUAUGGGGACCUCAACCACCUGGUGUCAGCCACCAUGAGCGGUGUGACCACCUGCCUUCGCUUCCCCGGCCAGCUGAACGCCGACCUGCGCAAGCUGGCGGUCAACAUGGUGCCUUUCCCGCGGCUGCACUUCUUCAUGCCGGGCUUCGCGCCGCUGACCAGCCGCGGCAGCCAGCAGUACCGCGCCCUGACGGUGCCCGAGCUGACGCAGCAGAUGUUCGACUCCAAGAACAUGAUGGCCGCCUGCGACCCCCGCCACGGCCGCUACCUGACGGUGGCCGCCAUCUUCCGGGGCCGCAUGUCCAUGAAGGAGGUGGACGAGCAGAUGCUGAACGUGCAGAACAAGAACAGCAGCUACUUUGUGGAGUGGAUCCCCAACAACGUCAAGACGGCCGUCUGCGACAUCCCCCCGCGCGGCCUCAAGAUGUCCGCCACCUUCAUCGGCAACAGCACGGCCAUCCAGGAGCUCUUCAAGAGGAUCUCGGAGCAGUUCACGGCCAUGUUCCGGCGCAAGGCCUUCUUGCACUGGUACACGGGGGAGGGCAUGGAUGAGAUGGAGUUCACAGAGGCCGAGAGCAACAUGAAUGAUCUGGUCUCUGAAUACCAGCAAUACCAGGACGCCACUGCCGAUGAGCAGGGCGAGUUUGAAGAGGAAGGAGAGGAGGAUGAGGCGUGAAGUUGGAAUGGGUAGGAGUUAAGUAUAGUCUGAGCAGGCAAGUGUUUGUUGAGGAGGAAUCUGUGCAGUUGUGCUGAAGCAUGCAUUUUUUAAUUUGGUGCUCUCCACUGUUGCUUCUAUCAGCAGUUUUGUAUCCUUGACUGUCCAAUGUAACAGUAGUUGCAAAAAUACUUCAGAGUCUUCUGUUGAAAUGGUUAACUUCUCAAACAUAAAGGCUUUUUGUGUCCUAAA